AUGUGGCCGCUAGUCGAUGUUCGAAGUCUGACAGCCGAAUCACUUGCGCGCGCAUCGCUCAUUCUUGCCGUUGAUCUACUACUCAUCGUCACUUCGAUUCUGAACAUUUCAGUAAUCGCAUUUACCCCAGACCUGUACGACGUUAUUGGGUGUUAUUUGAUAUCAUUGUCUGUUGCUGAUCUACUAACUGCCAUAUUAGUGAUACCAUUGAGUAUUUAUUCGACAUUAGAAACAAAUUGGAGAAUUGGCGGCGACAACUCGCUGAUAUGCAAAGGUUCCGCGUACACUCAAAUAUCGUUGUUCUGCUCUACAGUAUACACAUUUGCUUGGAUAUGCAUAGAUCGAUAUUCUGCGAUGAUGAAACCGUCGCGAUACAGCGAGCAAUCUUUGACAAGGUGUAAAUGCUGGAUUAUCUUUAGCUGGAUCACAUCAAUGCUAUUAUGUUGUCCUAUCAUUGUAGCAAAAAUGCAGGUGGUGUUCUUUCCCGAUGCUCAACUUUGUGUUCUCGAUUGGUCAGCAACAUCCGCUUACAGUAUAACAUUGCUACUGUUAGUGUUAGUUCCGACACUGGUUACUGUAGUGAACACCGGCUAUAAAAUUGUAUCAGCGAUGAGGAAUCCGGCAGCGCUAGAUGAUAGUCAACGAAUGGUUAUUGAGACGGACCCAAAUUUUAUAGUAACUAUUUUCUUAUUUGUCACCUUCAUCCUAUCAUGGCUACCCUUAAUUGGUUUGAAGAUGUAUGAAGUGUUUGUGGAGCCUCAUGGCGAAACAGAUCUCUCCAUGGUAACAUUCACAUUUGUCUGGCUCGCCGUCUCCUCGCCGUGCUGCAAGUUUUUGAUCUACAUGUUCACCAACAAUGCAUUCAGAAAAUCGCUCAUUUCGAAAUUCAUAUGCUGCUCUUGCUGUACAAGUCGAAAUCGAUAUGAAUACCAUGGAAUAGGGAAUAAUUUAUAUUUGUGA